UCUGCACGAGGACCUCUCGGUUUUUCUUCUGCCACGCCUCAUCUAGCAUUGUAUCAUUAAUUAAUGACCCCGUGAACGGACGACUUCUUUGCGCGCUACGACAGUACACGAUGGAUUUUGAAAGACUCCGGGCUGCGGCCCUGAAAGAUGGGGAAGAUGAGGAAGCAGUCACCGUCGAUACUCGAGCCCUGAUCGACAAGGUACUUGCGAGAUAUUCAGGAGAAUGGACAACCCUACGAGAACUCAUUCAGAACGCGGCCGAUGCACAAGCGACAACCGUCAAGAUAAAAUGGGAAACUCUGCCCUCCACCCAUGUACCCCUUCCAACCAUGGCCGAUCGAUCCGCGAUAUUAAAGCACAUCAUCACACAUAAUACCCUUCGUCGGCUUGUUGUUCAGAAUAACGGCCAGCCCUUCACAAAGACAGACUGGGGGAGGCUCAAAAGAAUAGCCGAAGGCAACCCAGACGAGACCAAGAUCGGGGCAUUCGGUGUUGGAUUUUACAGUGUCUUUGCCGAUUGCGAGGAACCCUUUGUCAGUUCAGGCAGCGAGGCCAUGGCAUUCUACUGGAAGGGAAACGCACUCUUUACCAGAAAACUAUCGCUUCCUGAGGAUCAGUGUAGUCUGAAUACUGCCUUCGUUCUAGAUUACCGGAAUACCACCACCACGUUACCCAACCUACUCUCCGUAGGCCAGUUUUUAGCAACGAGUUUGACAUUUGUGGCAUUGGAACAUAUUGAGUUUUGGAUAGAUGAUUACAAGAUUGUUUCUUUGCAGAAAAAAACGAGUCCUAACGAGAAUGUGACGAUUCCGAGAGAUAUGGAUAUGACGACAAGGGAACGUCUCAUGACGGUCCGAAGCGUUGACCGCUCUAGCGCUCAAAUUGAUGCUUCUUUCAUGAAUGCCAUAGGAUGGAAACCUCAGGCAGCCGCAGCAAAAAAUGAAGCUUAUGGCCUGGGGAGUUCUGAGAUACCGUCACUACGAAGCUUUUUCUCCAGACUCACCGCCACCGCUACAAAGGCUACAAAGGCUGCAAGAGAGGAGAAAGCUGUUCAAGACGCUAUAUCUGAGGAUGUUACGGUCAUGUCUACAUCAACUAUUUCCCUCCGCGUCACCACAGGCGCAAUUAAAACAUCCGUGACUGCAAGCUUCGCCUCCGAGUUAGAAAGGGCAACCAAGAAGCCUCCACCAAAGAUGACGAAGCUAUCUGUUUUGACAUCCUCAUACGACGAAGAGCAGGCAUCGGGGGGCUCACAGGAGUCUGCUCAAUUAUCCGCUGUCACUGAUGUCUUCGCUUCUGUGCUCCCAAGUAAAAAGGGUGGACGGAUAUUCAUCGGAUUUCCAACUACUCAGACAACUGGUGGUGGUAUGCACAUAUCUGCUCCGUCUGUCAUCCCGACUGUAGAACGUGAAGCCAUUGACUUGAACGCAAGGUGGGUUCGGACAUGGAAUCUUGAAAUGCUACGCGCAGCAGGUAUCAUGACAAGACUAGCUUUUGCCCAUGAAAUGACCGAACUCCAAAUGAAGCUGCAAAAAGCUGCGGAAACUGCGGGUACUGGCAUAACUUCAAAAGAGACAACCCAACACAUGCAAGAAGCUUUGCAUAUCUUAAAAGCAUUUACAUUUGGUGACUCUACCCCAAGUGGUCACGUUUCUCAGACGAUUGAGGAAGCUUUCUGGACAGCAUAUAAAAGACCGUUUGUGGAAAUCUAUAGCACUCGAGGUGUACUUCCUACCAGUCAAGUCCGACUCGCUUCUCAAGAACUAGAGAAUUUCGUCCAAGGUAUUGCUGUGGUGCCGCCUGAGUUGGAAAAUAUCGGCUUUGUGAAGAAACUGAUUGAUUUUGACCUACUCUCGCAAAUCACCAUCGAGGAUGUGCAUAGAGAGCUUUCAACGAAACCGCUCACGGAAGCUCAACUUCCCAAUUUUAUUCAAUGGGUAGCGAAGAAAGCACUUCAAGGUGAACUGGAUUUGCAGACUCGGAAUAAAUUACUCGACGUUGCUGUUGCUGUGGUCAAUAAAAAGAAUGAUCAAGAUCAAGGCAACAUAAUCGCGCUGGGAAGUAUCAAGAACUUUCUGGUAGCAGCCAAAAUUCCAACAGAACUUCCAAUUCCACCAACAACUAUUCCAUUUGAGUAUACCAAAAGCUGCAGCAACCAAGAGUUGCGAGCACUGUCUUGGGAACCCUUGGACCUCUUCCCUUGGGUUGAAUUCUUAAUUACCACCCGAUUCAGCAGGCCAGCAGAUCAAGAUAUGACUAAGUCUCCCGAGUUUGCAAUUCGUAUUUUAUCUGCGUUGUCGAAGAGCUGGGAUCAACAAAGCCAGUUUUCGAAAGACAAAACCGUGUCCCUACUGAAGGCUCAUACCGUCAUACCCACUAAGCAAGGCAUGAGGAAGCCAACGGAUUCUUUCUUCCCAUCUGUGAAGCUAUUUGAUGAUCUACCUACUAUUGAAUGCUCGCAUUUGAAGGAGAAAUUCCUCUCUGCACUCGGUAUCAGAAAGACGGUCGAUCUUGAAACGAUUUUCAAGCGCUUAUUGAGCCCAUCUUCAGAGAAAGAUAGCACUGGGCAAGCCAAAUGGAGUCACGUUGAGCUGAUUAAGUACCUGGCAUCAGUUCAGAAGGAUAUACCUGCUGAUGACUUUGCUAAACUGACACAAUCUCGAAUUUGUCCUGCUGAGGCUGGCCCUGCAGGCAGAGAGUCCUCUCAAGCAAGUUCACAGCUAUACAAGAUCUCCGAGUUGUUUGAACCCAACCGUAUACUCCGCCCUCUUAAAUUGAGGGUUCUCCAGUGGCCUGGCGGUAACUUGAGUCUCCUGUCACCAGAAGCGAAAUUUCUUAAGGCUCUUGGGUUGCGAGCACACCCUUCUGCUCCUGAACUAGUGGAAAUGAUGACUUCUUCAGAUCAGCAAUUGCGUGAAAGUGCUAUGGACUACUUUGUUACAUUUCAUCAGAAAAAUGGCUAUGGAGCUUUCCAAAUCAGCUCUAGUACCCGAGCAUUCCUACCGCUUCAAGGAGACCCUAAGAGACUCGUUCCACCUGCCAAAUGCUUCACUAAUGAAGCGGCUGCUGUUUUGGGGUUCGAUAUUCUGAAAAAGGAACUUCAUGGUGAUGCGCAGAAAUUUGGCGUGUCGCGAGAUCCACUAAUUGGUGACUGUGUUCAGCGCCUAAUCAACAGUCCUCCCAACUCCCGCAAGGAAGCAAUUCCUAUCUUUCAAUACUUCUCGAGUCGCAUAAAUGAUUUGCCCGGAAUAUCAAUAAAGACGCUCGGUGAUGCUCGGAUUGUGCCAGUCUCGCAGAAGACGCGAGAAUCGGGGAUUUUAUCUUCAGUCCAUGCAGAUGAGAAGACAGGGCCGGUUGUGCACUUACAGCCACGUCAUUGUUAUCUCGGAAGCUCAGCUAUGUACGGCGAUGUAUUUGAUUUUGUUGACUUCGGCCAGCCUGCGAACUCGUUCCUCUCGGCUUGCGGUUCAAACAACGAGCCCACCAAAUUGGAAAUUGCUCAACUAGCGGCAGGAGAGCCGGCGCGGCUUCUCAGUGUACUCAAGAGUCCUGAUAAAUACCUGAGCUUACUGCGAUCGCUGGCGGGAGAUAUGCCCACUAUCAAAAGAGAUAAAGAACUAUGGAGAAAGAUGAAAAAAGCAUCCUUUCUUUUGGCAUUUAAGGAGAUCCCGAGCCCGAAAGGGAAGGCUGUGGAACAAGAUGAAGAGGAGGAAGUUGUUCGGACUUACCAGCUUGCGGCACCUUCAGAAAUUGUCAUACUAGACGAUUUCAUCAGCUAUAGACUCUUCAAAGACCAUUUGAAAUGUGCUCCUGAGGAAGACGUCCUCGAGUCCUUCUAUCAAGCCCUCGGAUCCCCAUGUCUCUCAACAACGGUGCAAGAAGAUCUAAGGGUGGGGGGACACAGCGAAAAGCAGGAUGGUGCGGUUUGGCUACGCAAGCAUGUACUUGAACGGUCCAAGCUUUUUAUCCACGAGUAUGCUCGGUACACGCGGGAUGCUAUCAAGCACGAUGCGAAAUGGCUAGAGAAGAACUUGUCAGUGGUAAUUGUACGUUCUGUUGCCCUUCGUCGAUCACUUCGCACGUCAGGACAAUUUCAUACAGAGAAAAGAUCGGCCGCAAGCAGUCAGACUUCCACUGGAUGGGUACUCUAUGUGGCCUCUGAAUCAUCGCGUCCAGACAUGUACCAAGUCGGUCAAGCCAUCUGCCAGUUAAUCCUAAACCGACCAAGUCAACAAGCAUAUUUCUUUUUUGAACCAUUUCUUAAACUAGAUUUACUAGACUUGAGAGCUCGUGGGUACAACGUAGAUCGUAUUCUUCGAGCGAAGGCCGCGGAAGCCAGAAUUGCGGAGGAAGAGAGGCGAAAGGCCUUAGAUGAGGAGCAAUCUCGGAUCCGAGAACGAGAACAAGAAUUCAUACGACAGAACCAAGCUGCAACGACCAGCGUGACUGCUACGGCACGAGAACAAAACAACACCCCGCCUCCUCGCAUGCCUGGUGGCUUCCAUUCUGCAGAUGACCAUGAUUAUCCGUCUCCAGUGCUUUCGCCUCCACAGAGCAGAAAAGGGGGAGGACUCUUUUCCAACCUAUCUAAGCGAUUCGGAUUUGAUUAUAGCGACGAGCCUGAUGAGAAAGAGCCGCUCAAAAACUUGAUUGGCUCCAGUUCCAAUCCUGGAACUUUGGCGCCCGCCGAGCCAUCAUCUUCUGGCUCGAAACCUGGUAGGAGUGAACAGGAUGGGAAAGUCACCAACCCAGCAGUUGUACAACAGAACUUGCUGAAUGCAAUUAAAUCAACACGGGCUUAUGACUCGUCAGCAUUGUACUCUCCCCCAACGACUCGUGAGGUUAAGGAACAGGCGACCUAUUGCGAUGAUACAGCCGCCAAAGAUCUAACACUAUUAGCUGAUGCUUCAAAUGGAAUGCGUGUAUUCGUAUCUUCCAACAUACCUCGGUCCCAAACGGAAACGUUCCUGACAUCAAACCAUACCGAGAUCAACUCUUUCGCCACUCUUCUCAAGGAUGUCGGCGACGUAUACCAGAUCCCGAGAAAUGUGCUGCACGUCUUUUACGACGAAAGCGGUAGCACCAUCGCCUUCAACCGCGACGGCAGCAUUUUUUGCAAUUUGCGUUUCUACAAACAACUGCACGGAGACCCCAGAAGCGGCGAAGACAAGGCUUCCGCCGCCGUGUGGUGGUGGGUUGUCAUCGCUCACGAACUUGCGCAUAACCUCAUCCAGCCCCAUAAUGCGGAUCACAGCUACUAUACGGAGUCCUUCAUUCAGCAGUACUUUCCCAGGAUGAUGAUAAAAGCUACUUCACUCCUCACGGACCCUUCAUUAUCACAGCCGCGUGGCUUACCCGAACCUUUGGAGCCAGAGAGAAAUGGCGCGACGGGUGCAGAUGCGCCGCCGCCUUAUCGGGAGCAUUAAAGAGAGCGACUCCGAAAGAGGCGUCGCUUGCACAGGCUGUGAGUGUACAGUUCUAAGUACAUAACCUUUGAUAGACAUAGUUCAUAGUUCAUAGUCACAGUCACAGUCACCUUGUGAAGGCUUAAUAUUUCUUCGCGAUAUUUCUUGUCGAGAUUACUUUUGGCUGUUUCAUAUACAUAGAUGAGCGCGGCGCAAUUGUCAGAUAUGGGAUAUGGUGUUUUAUUAUUCGCUAUGUUUUGUAAUUAUUAGUUAGACUCCUUCCUUCUACCUACUUAUGUAGAUACUUAGAGAGCU